GGGAGCUGAGUCACGGAAGCCGGCUGGGAGCGGAGCGGGGAGGGGCUGCCUCCCUGCAGAGGGGGCUGGGCCCAGGGCAGCCUCCCGGCCGUGCCGGUCUGCCAGCCACGCUGCAUCGCUACUGCGCUGUGCCGCAGCGGCGCUGCGCCGGCCGCGGUGCAGCUGGUUGCAGGAAAUAAAGUUUCCCCGCUUGCCGCAGAGGCCCCGCCCCCACCCCUCGUCCACCUGCGCCGCUGGGCCCCGCCCCGGUGUGAAGGCGGCUGCGCGCCAGGCCUGGGGGGCGUGGUCUAGGUCCGCCCGCCCUUUGGGAUCCUCGGCGCGGGCGGCGUUGGCCGUUGGCGUGGCUUGGGCGGUUGUCCUGGAGAAGCAAGAUGGCGGCGACGGCGGCGGCCCCGGUGGUGGCGGAGGAGGACACGGAGCUGCGGGACCUGCUGGUGCAGACGCUGGAGAACAGCGGGGUCCUGAACCGCAUCAAGGCUGAGCUCCGAGCAGCUGUGUUUUUGGCCCUCGAGGAGCAAGAAAAAAUAGAGAACAAAACUCCUUUAGUCAAUGAAAGCCUGAAAAAGUUUUUAAACACAAAAGAUGGCCGUCUGGUGGCUAGUCUGGUGGUGGAGUUCCUUCAGUUCUUCAACCUGGACUUUACCUUGGCUGUUUUCCAGCCUGAAACUAGCACGCUUCAAGGUCUGGACGGCCGGGAGGAGCUGGCCCGGGACUUGGGCAUCGCCGAGGCGGACGGCGCCUCGGGGGGGCCCCUGCUGCUGGAGGUGCUCAGACGCUGUCAGCAGAGGGCGGAGGGGCCGGCCGGCGGGCAGGGUCUGCUGGACGUGGCUGCUGCCGGGCACCCUCCCCCCGCGCCGCCGGAGGGGGCUGCGAGCGAGCACUCGGGCCCCAGCAAGAUACCGAGGUACAGAGGCCAGGGCCAGAAGAAGCCGAGCGGGCCGCAGCCUGGCGCGCAGAAGGCCGGCAGCGAAGCCAGCCACAGCGAUGCCAGCACCUCCUCGUCAGAACCACGCGGCAAGGGCCGUCUCCAGCCGCCGGCCCAGGACACCAGCGUCGGGUCCCUGCUGAGCCCCAGGAGCCCCGGCCCGCAGGACGGCGACUCGGACGGGGACUCCUUCUUCGACGACCCCGUCCCCAAGCCCGAGACGACCUGCGGCUGGAGGAGCACGCCCGGGGAGCGCGGAGGAGGCCCGGCCUCGGGCUCGGACGAGCCCCCCUCGCAGAGCAGACACAGCGCCCUCGCGGGAGCCCCCUCACCGGCAGACGCAGAGAGGAGAAGAGGAAACACCGUGCUGAAAGGCCUGAAGCUGGUCAACGACAGAACUGGGUCCCUGGGACUAGGGGCCGGAGACGAGGACGACGACUACGCUGACGACUUCAACAGCACCAGCCACCGCUCCGGGAGGAGCGAGCUGAGCGUCGGCGAGGAGAUCGAGGAGGACCUCUCCGUGGGGCUGGACGACGCCACCGCCAGCGACAAGCUGGACGACCUGACGCAGGACCUGACGGUGUCCCAGCUCAGCGACGUGGCCGACUACCUGGAGGACGUGGCGUGCGCCUGAGGGGCGCGGGGCCGUGGCCCCGCAGGACAGGGCCCCGUCAGCACCAGUGUUUCUGGACCGUCCCCCCGGCUGGACCGCCUGCUCUCCGUCGGUGCCUUGUACUUCCGGAGACUGCGGAUGCAGAUAUUUUUAAGUUACCUUUCAUCAUGCUAAACAAGAUACUUCCUGUUGAGCCCCUGUGGGAGACCGAAUUGUCUUAACUUGGUUCACCAACACGUUUCGCUGCGGCAGUUAAUGACACGCGUCCCUGGCGAGGAGCGAGCCUGUGGACACCGUGGCGUUUGGAGCCAAGUGCAGGGUGUGCCCCCAGCUCUGCGUGGCCUCGGCCGCUCAGCGAGUUGCUGUGGGCGGCGCGGGGGCCCAGGCGCCCCGCUGCCCCGCACAAGCCGGUGCGGGGGGGCAGUGGUGUGCCCGCUCCCACCGGGAAGGCCCACGGGUCCUGGGUGCGCCGCUCAGUCCUGCUCGUCGGUGAAGGGACCUGGAGGCGGUUGUGACUUCUCCCUGGGACAGUUGUCACUGCCAGCGUUGCGGUGGCUGCCCUGUGUCCACGCGAGCAGCUUUAAGCUCAGGGCCUCUGUCCGCUCGCUGGAGCUCGGCUGGUUCUCGUGGCGAUGCCUCGAAGCUCGCACCAGUGGCCUCUGGGACUGGCGGGCGGCGCCCCUGCCCCCGCUCCAGGUCUGUGGGGGUCGUGGGAACCUGGCCGGACGGUGGCGAUGGCCGAGGACCACGUCCAGGUGGGCAAGCUGCUGUGCUGUCCCUGGUCUCUCUGUGCCCCGGACAGCCAGGCCGCGUCUCGCGGCACCCCGAGCUGCGGCUGCGGACAGAGACGCCGCUGGACCGUGCGGGGGCCGUGGGCAGCGGCGUGCGCUGGUGCACAAGAUCGCAAGUGAAGCUGUGAGGGGGGUGAGCUUGUGCCCCUCGACGGCAGUAAACACGGGUCUCACUGAGGGUCCCCUCUCCCGGCAAAGGGAGACGCGAACGCCUCAGCCUUGGUGGGUCAGCAGACUGGGCGGCUUGUGUACUGCUGCUGCCGACGCUGCCGCGGCUCCCGCAGGGGGCGGGUCCUGCAGCCCUGGAGUCUGACUCGGGGCUCCUGGCGGCCCUGGACUGACGGCUCCGCGGGAUGGGCUGUGGCUCGCGCCCCGCCGUGCUUGUCGCCAGCGGCGCCUCCUCGGACGUCUGUCUGCCCUGCUCACCGUCGCUGCCGAGGGAGCGCGGCGGCUCUGCCCGGCCCUCCGGGGCGUGUCAGCUGCGUGACGUGUUUUCACGGUGGCUGACGGGCUAGACUCCAGUGGAAUGGAGCACCGCAGGGGGUGGCUUUUAGUUUGCGGACAGCUCUUGAAGGGUAGCGUCUGAAACGGGCCAUUCUGGCGUUACCCGGGGAGCCCGGCCUUCCGACGGUGUCGUGGGCGGGUCGGGGAACGCGCAGACACGGCGCCUGAGCUGGCGUCGGAGCCGGGAGCGGCACUCAGCGCGGCUGCGGCGAGUUUCCGCGUUCCCUGUGCUCCUUGGGUAGGGCGGAGCGUGGCUGGGUUUUCUGUUGAGUGUGUACUGAGGUGCUACCCCAUGGUCACACCUGGGUUAGUAUUUUUGUGGGGACACGUUUCACGGUAAAACCUGCGCUUGACGGCGGGGCUUCCCCAGGGCUGGACCUCGUUCUGCCGGUGAUAACUGGAAGUGAAUAAAAAGCUCGCACCUCU